AACACUAUAAAGUGCAAGGGUAUGGUGAUCUCUGUCUUCAGUCAAGUCUAAACGUUCGCGCACUUGAAAGUGAAGUGUGCUUGUGUAGUGCAUCGCCUUUGCGGAUUUUUGCACGUACUAGAAGCAAUGCCACCCAACGUGACGAGUAUGCCCACGGGGGUCCUCUACGAGGACGAGACCCUAGACCCUCUGUUGCCGUCCAUGCAGAAGUACGACGGAUACCCCAAGGAGCUGCCCGGACCCGAGUACAAGAUGAAGCUGGUCUGGCGUAACAUCAUACUGUUUGUGUACCUUCACGCGGCCUCCGUCUACGGAGCCUACCUCAUGGUAACCUCCGCCUCCUGGCCUACAGUGUUGUGGGCUAUCUUCCUGUACCACUGUUCUGGGCUGGGUAUCACCGCUGGGGCGCACAGACUCUGGGCCCACCGCUCCUACAAGGCUAACCUUCCUCUCCGCAUGUUGCUGGUGCUGUUCAACACUCUGGCAUUUGAGAACCACGUGAUUGAGUGGGCUCGAGACCACAGGGUGCACCACAAAUACAGUGAGACCAACGCAGACCCUCACAACGCUAAGAGAGGCUUCUUCUUCUCCCACGUAGGCUGGCUGUUGUGCCGCAAACAUCCCGAUGUUAUUGAGAAGGGGAAGGGACUGGACAUUAGCGACCUGGAAAAUGACCCUCUACUAAAGUUCCAGAAGAAGUACUACCUGAUCCUGAUGCCCAUCGUGUGUUUCCUCAUCCCCACUGUGCUGCCCGUCUACGGCUGGGGAGAGACGUGGACCAACGCUUGGUUCGUCGCAGCUCUGUUCCGUUACACCUUCACCCUGAACAUGACCUGGUUGGUCAACAGUGCCGCCCACUUGUGGGGCAAUCGCCCUUACGACAAAUUCAUCAACCCAUCUGAGAACCUGGGAGUGUCUAUUGGAGCUUUGGGUGAAGGAUGGCACAACUACCACCACACAUUCCCCUGGGACUACAAGACGUCGGAGCUGGGCAACUACAGGGCCAACUUCACCACAGGCUUCAUCGACUUCAUGUCCAGGAUUGGCUGGGCCUACGACCUCAAGACAGUGUCCCAUGACAUGAUCAAGAAGAGGGUGCAGAGAACAGGUGACGGCACUCACGCUUCUCAAACUCACUCCCACAAAGGAGAAGUGUGGGGCUGGGGUGACAAGGAUAUGCCCAAGGAGGACAAAGACGAAGCGACAAUCAUCAACAAAAAGUCUGAAUAGACUCAUCGUCAAGCAUUCCAUCACAUUAGCGCAGUAAUUGAAAGCGUAUAAAAUUCAAUUCGAAUUUGCACAUAAAUUAAUUUUAGUCUUGUACAUAAUAUUUUGAUAUAUUAUUUUGUUAUUUAUGCUAGCAGAGCAAAGUGAUAUAUGUUCCUUUUUGUAUUUAGUAGGCUAUGCGCUGGAAUAAAUGUGUGGCCUCGUCUUGGAGGUGUGAAUA